AUGUUUCAGGGCAUUGUAAUAUCAGAUUGGCAGGGGAUUGACAGGAUUACCUCUCCUCCUCAUGCCAAUUAUUCAUAUUCUGUUGAAGCUGGAGUCAGUGCGGGAAUUGACAUGGUCAUGGUUCCUUACAAUUUCACAGAAUUCAUAGAUGACCUAACCUAUCAGGUGAAGAACAAAAUUAUCCCCAUGAGCAGGAUUAAUGAAGCGGUACAAAGAAUCUUAAGGGUUAAAUUUACCAUGGGUCUUUUUGAGAACCCACUUGCUGAUCUCAGUUUGACCAGCCAACUUGGUAGUCAGGAACAUAGAGAAUUAGCAAGAGAAGCUGUAAGGAAAUCACUUGUGCUACUGAAGAAUGGUGAAUCCGCUGAUGAACCGUUGCUGCCUCUUCCCAAAAAAGCACCAAAGAUACUAGUUGCUGGAAGCCAUGCAGACAACUUGGGCUAUCAAUGUGGAGGCUGGACAAUUACAUGGCAGGGUCUUGGUGGCAAUGACCUCACAUCUGGCACAACAAUUGUCAAUGCAAUAAAAAACACAGUUGAUCCUGCAACCCAAGUUGUAUUCAAUCAGAACCCAGAUGUAAACUUCGUCAAGUCCAAUAAAUUCUCCUAUGCCAUUGUUGUAGUUGGUGAGACCCCAUAUGCAGAAACAUUUGGUGACAGCCUAAAUCUGACAAUACCUGAACCUGGCCCAAGUACCAUCACCAAUGUGUGUACAUCCGUCAAAUGCGUUGUAGUUAUCAUAUCUGGCCGCCCUGUUGUGAUCCAGCCCUAUCUUGCAAAUAUAGAUGCUCUCGUAGCUGCUUGGCUUCCCGGAACUGAAGGCCAAGGUGUUGCUGAUGUUCUUUUCGGUGACUAUGAAUUCACAGGCAAGCUUGCACGCACCUGGUUCAAGACAGUAGACCAGCUUCCAAUGAAUGUUGGCGAUCAACACUACGACCCUCUGUUUCCCUUUGGGUUUGGUCUAACAACUAAGCGUACCAAGAACUAGAAUUUAUCAACUUCGAAUGCUGUAUUGUACUAGUUAUUGAUAGCUCUUUCAUGGUUAAAACUUUUGAGGUUAUUUUCCCUCUCCAUGAAAUGGGUCAAGCAGUCUACUAAGGAUGGCAUCGAGAUGUAUGAUUUUAGAUGACUUGAGUGAUAAUGUCUGGAACACAUUCUUAUUA